CUCCGGCCCUGCGAUGCUUCCCAAGGCCCGAAUCCACGCGGACCCGGCGCUGGAGCUCGAGGACGACCGCUUCGACUGCCUGCCGGAUUCCAUCGUCCUGCUCAUCCUCAACAAGGUGGAGGACGUGCGCUCCCUCGGCCGCUGCUCCGCCGCGUCCAAGCGCUUCAACGGGCUCGUCCCGCUCGUCCACGACGUCUGCGUCAAGAUCGACCACGUCGUGGCCGUCGACGGCGACGCCGAGGACCCCCUCAACCUGUCGUCGCCCAAGCCCCGGAACAUCCUCUCGCACUUCCUCAAGCUGAUGCUCUUCACAAUCAUCAAGCCGUUCCACAACGCGCGCGGCGCCGGGCGACCGCUCUUCCCGCAGCUCGCGCACCACUCGCCGGCGCAGGUGCUCCGGAGCUUCACCCACGUACGCAACCUUCAUAUCGAGCUCCCUUCUGGGGAUGUCGGGACUGAGGAUGGGGUGCUCCUGAAAUGGCGGGCGGAGUACGGGAGCACGCUCCAGAACUGUGUCAUCCUCGGGGGCACCAGGGUUGACCGCAAGCCUGUUGGUGCAGAGCACGAGCCAUCCUCGGAGGACAACGGGAGCAUGCCGGAGUCUUUCUAUACCAAUGGCGGGCUCAAGCUCCGUGUCGUGUGGACAAUCAGCUCCCUGAUUGCAGCAUCAACGAGGCAUUAUCUUCUCCGGUCAAUCAUCAAGGAACACCCCACGCUUGUGAGCCUGGUGCUCACCGAUGCUGAUGGCCAGGGCACGCUCACCAUGGGAGCAGAGCAGCUCAAGGACUUCAGAGAGAACCAGUUGUCUGCCUCAGCAUGCUCCAACAGAACCCAUGUCCCAGCCUGCAACAUGAAGCUCAAAUAUGCUCCAUAUCUUGAGCUGCCCGGAGGAAUUGCGCUGCAGGGAGCCACACUAGUUGCUAUCAAGCCCUCCACCGAGGGAAGCAAUUGCGGCCAUAUCAGCCGCAAGGAAACGGACGCGUUUAUCUCUGGAGCAUUUGAUGGGCCGUUCAAAUUUGCUGCCAAGGCGCUGAUGAAGAGGCGCACAUACCUUCUGGAGAUGAAUGGCUUCUAGAUAUCCCCCGAGUUCUUCCUGGGAAUCUGCUUGCACUGCUUUAACUUCUGUUCUGUGUAAUAGUCUGUGCUUUGUUGUCUGGUGUGUUACUAGCUCUUUGUACAGUGGUGGUGACAUUUGGUUGGUUAUAUAAAAAUCAUAUCGAAUUACUACAUUUUCUCA